ACAGAAAAGAAAGACCUAAAGAAAUAAGAAAUCAAAGUUAAACGCAGACAAAGCAGGACGAACAAAAUCACCAGGUUUCAGAGCCUCAGCCAGAUCCGGCGGCCAAGUCGAGAGAGCUCCGAGAUGGGGGAAGAGAAGAGGCACCAGAUGAUGCAAAACCUCUUCGGCGAACAAUCCGAAGAAGAAGAAGAGGUCGACUCCGAGCACGAGUCCAAUCCCCAGCCCCACUACGCCUCGGACGAAGGAGGAGGGCUGGAGCCUGAGGGUGAAGGGGAAGUGGAGGGCCAGGGAGAGGUGGAAGCAGAGAGUGAAGGGGAGCCACGUGAAGCUGAUCCUGAUCCAGGAGAAAGUGAGGGUGAAAGGGAAUCCCAAGAAGUGGAAAUCCAAAGAGAAGAAAGUGAAGGAAAUACAGACACUGAUGAGAAAGAAGAGUUAACAAGCCGGAGACGAAAUGCGAUUGAAAGUGGAUCCGAGAGGUCUGAGGAAAACCAUUACCCAGACAAUGAAGACUAUGAGGUUAAUCAGGCUAGAAGUCCAAGUAGAUCGCCUGCAGAGGAGAAAGACCAGACUCGUAACGCACAUUCCGCUGUACUUGAUGUAUUUGGUGAUGACUCUGAAGAAGAAGAAGAAGAAGAGGAUCGAACACGUUACGCUCAUCGGAAUGACAUGGAGCAUGAUUCAAAUAGAUCCCCUAUGGAAGAGGAAGGGAGCUAUGACAAGAGUCCAAGAAUAGAGGAUGAAAUGCAGGAUGAAGAACCUAGAUAUGAGUCAGAAGAGGAAAAUAUGGAGGUUAAACCUAGAGAGAGACCUGUUGGCCCCCCAUUGGAGCUAGAGAUUCCAUUGCGUCCACCUCCUGCUCAUCCUGAAAAGAUGAACAUGAUCAAAGUUUCAAAUAUCAUGGGCAUUGACCGCAAACAGUUUGAUCCAAAGACAUAUGUGGAGGAGGACACGUUUGUGACAGAUGAAUCUGGAUCUAAGAAACGUAUACGUUUGGAAAACAAUAUUGUGCGCUGGAGGAAAGUUAGAACUUCUGACGGCAGAUUAUCUUGUGAGAGUAAUGCACGCUUUGUGAGAUGGUCUGAUGGCAGUUUGCAAUUAUUAAUUGGAAAUGAAGUUUUAGAUAUAUCAGUGCAAGAGGCACAACAUGAUCAAGCACACCUAUUUCUCAGGCAUGAAAAGGGAAUCCUCCAAUCACAAGGAAAGGUUAUGAAGAAGAUGAGGUUUAUGCCGUCUUCCUUGGCCUCAAAUUCUCAUAGACUAUUGACUGCUCUGGUUGAUUCUCGACAUAAAAAAGUGUACAAGGUUAAGAACUGUGUUACUGACAUCGAUCCUGAGAGAGAAAAGGAGGAGAAAGAAAGGGCUGAAAGUCAAACAAUCAGAGCUAAUUUACUUCUUAACCGGAAGAGGGAGAAGGUGAAUCGAAAAUAUACACCCACUGUUGACAGGAGGCGCCAACUUUCACCUGGUUUCUUGGAGGAGGCUCUAGAUGAGGAUGAUGAAGAAGAUUAUCAUGAGUCUCGUCGUUCACGCCGCCAUAUUGAGGAGGAAGAAGCUCGAGCAGAGAAACGCAUUAUGAAUGCUAAGAAGGCACAGAGACCUAAAGAAUUCCCUCGCAAGUCAUCCUUUCCAACUGGUAGAUCUGCUCGGCAACAGCUGGAUCUAUCUGAUAGUGAGAGAGGUGAGUCUGAAUAUGAAACCGAUGGGGAAGAAGAUGAGAGGUCUCCUCCACGUAAGAGGGCCAUAGAUCCAGAGCCGGAAUAUGAAGACGAGGAAGAAGAUGAUUAUGAAGAAGAGGCAGAAGUAAAUGAGGCAUCAGAGGAGGAGGCUGAGGGGCCUAAGCAAAAAGUUAAGGGCUCUGGACAUGGUCUCAAGCGCAAGGAAAUUGAGUCAGACGAAGACUCUCCUCCUAGGAAGACUACAACACAUCGUAGAAUGGCAGUAGUUUACGACAGUGAUGAGGAGUAGUAUACUUCAUUUGGAUGAGUUUGUAAAACUUGGCCACCCUACCCUGCAGUUCCUGCCUGCCUUCAUCCUGGCAAUGAAAUGGAGACAAAUCUAAAUAUACCAGAUCUUCUAGGUGGUCACGAUAUCCAUUUUCGAGAUGUUCCGUGUCCGCUGUGGCAUUACAAUUCAUUUAUGCAGUCUUUCGUAUUACUUGUUCAUAUAUGUUUGUUAUAUGGGAAAGGAUGUGAACACGGCAUCUUGUCAUCUGGUUUGCCCCUUGAAAUGUGGAUACCUGAUAGUAAAUUUGGUUCAUAAGAAAGUUGUAUUCUUCUCCCGUCAUUCUCUCAAAGAAAAACUGCAGCAUUUCACAAACUGUAAUGGUACCCGGUGCAGAAAGCUUCACAUGGAUAGCAGCUGUAAAUUUUACCGAUAUAUGUAUAACCAACUAUUCAGGGUUUUCA